AUGUCCGUCGGCCAGUGCAUUUCAGACUGGCCAGAAAAUACGUGCACCACCUUUCGUGGUGGACAGUACGAUGCGAAUGCCUCUCGAACAUAUAUCGAGGCCAACAGCAGCAUUGCGGCUUUUGAUUCCACACCCAACGUCACCACUCAGAGUCUUUGGGCCAAAGACAGCUUGACCUUCAACUCCAACCUGACCCUGGAGAAUUUCCCGCUGGGAAUCCCACGAGUCGACUGGGGAGGAUUCUAUGAUCCUCAAAUGGUCCUGGGCAUGGGGCCGAAUUCGACGAUCCUCAACGCCCUGAAAGCCGCCGGGAAAGUGAGCUCACGGACGUGGUCUUUCUUCUGGGGGUUGACGGGGGCAACUCCCAACGUCCAAAUGCCUGGGAGUUUUGUUCUGGGCGGCUACGAUCGAGCCAAGGUGACGGGGAAUAACCACACGCAAGCCCUCAGCUCGCUGAAACCGACCUGCAAAACGGGGAUGCUCGUCACGAUCGUCGACAUGCAACUCAACUUUCCCAAUGGGACCAGCCCCAGCCUUUUCAAUGGAACCCUAUCAGCGGCGAUGUCGGCAUGUAUCCAGCCCGACUUUCCUGUCAUCAUGACAAUGCCUUACGACCCGUACUAUGCGUAUUUUAUGGAGCUUGCAGGAGGCACUUUUCUGGGACGUUCCCUAGGGGUGAACUACUAUGGGAUGAACUAUGCGCCUCAGGACGUGUAUGACGGCGAUCUGACCAUAGUGCUCGAUUCUGGGCUGAGCGUGCGCAUUCCCAACCACGUGCUGGUCAAUCCCGACUUGAUUGUCAACAAGACCAACGGGCAUCUAUACAUAAACGACUCCUCGCUCGAGGUCCUCAUCAAUUCGCAGCAGACGAUAAACGCGAAUGAUCUACCGAUCAUAGGCCGACAGUUUUUCUCUGCCGCAUACGUGAUGCUGAACCAGGACAGCAACGAGUUUACGCUCUGGGCGGCUAAUCCAACAACAGAUGAAGACCUGGUCGCCGUUGAUGAGAAUAACCAAGUGGUAGAGCAGUUCUGCGCUCCGGGGUCUGGCAACACCACACAGACACCCACUAAUAUCACGAGCCCACAGUCCGCAUCAAAGCCAUCCGCGACCGCGUCACCAGACAAGGCAAGCCGUGGACUUUCCGGAGGUGCUAUUGCCGGAAUUGUAGUCGGGUCUUUGGCGGGAAUAGCAGCGAUUGCGGCUUCAACAUAUUACUUUUGCAUGCGACAAGAUCGGGAUGGGAUGCCAACAGCAGCAGCAGCAGCAGCAGCAGCAGCGCAGGAUCGAUCUUACGUCCCACCACCUUCAUAUUCCCCUCUAGCCCCCGUGGAGAUGGAAAACAAAUACGUCCAGCCAUAUACAGGACCGGUAGAAAUGUAUGCAGGAGAUGUCCCUCCUCCAGCAGGGAGGAGACCUCCGUCUAGACGGGCUGCUCCGGGGACAUAUGAAUUAGCAGAUAAUCAAAUCUGA